GUUCCGAGACGCGACAAGUGCAUAUAGUGCCUCCCCAAGAGCCCCACUCUCAAGACCCACAUUAUCCCUCCGAUCAGUGCCUACGUGUAACCAAUGUGAUGGAGCUCCCACGGAAAAGACACCCCACGGAAACGAGGGGCAGCGAAUUACUUGGGCCAAGGGAAUUCAAACUGUGAUCGCAAUGCUAGAAGUUUGUUCGUUUGGCUUAAGUUAUUUUCAUGUCCGUUGCAAACGCCACGUGGUGGAGAUCGCUCCAGCUCCAAGCCGAUAUCCUCGAGGAAGUGUUCCAGCCAUGACACAAAGUGGAACCAAUCCAAUUAUUUGCGCACGUCAUCAGCCAGGGCAGGUGAGGAUCGGCGACAAAUCUGAACACCUGAAUCGGGGGGAAACACAAACACACUCGACAAAGUAGAUCAGAAAUGGCUCUUUCUGCGGAGCGAAUGGGAAUCGGAUCGGCCUGAUAGUGACACUGAUACCGAUACUAAACCAAAACGGACUCUCUCCCAUCCCCCAAAGAAAAAAAAGACGCCACCGUGGUAGUGAAACAGGUACCUCCGUAAUCAAGCCGGCUGAUUACCGAUCGCUGGCAUAUUCGGCUUCCGUUUGGCUUUCGUUCGGCGGUUCUGGGUUCGGACCCCUGCUCGGAGUCGGAGUCGGAAUCGGGAAUGGAGAACCGGGAGGCCGUAAAGCUAUUAUCAUUAUAUUGCUUGUACGAUUUGCGGAUCCGACGUCGCCAGUCCCCCGACCGUAAAAUCUGAUUUCUGUAGACGUGUCGUCGUUCGCCUCGAACGGAUUCGAUAUGGUUGGGGAAAAUGACUUGGGAACGAGAUAAGACCCCGACCAGAAAAUAGAAGAGAAUCACCAAUAUUCAGGUGGGGUGAGAGAUGCAGAGGGGCACGGGGGAGGUGGCAAUGUAGGUGGAGGUGGAGAAGGAGAGGGACAACGUGGCACCCACCUCCUUCCAGUCGAAAACGAAACUGAUAAUUGUGCAACGUACACAAACCUUGCUCGCAUUGCUCCACUUGCUUUCGGUUAUCAGUUGGAGUGACAAGCGGAAAUUAAAGUUGAAAUCGACACGAUUACUUCAUUAGUUCUGUUUGGAAAUGGUCUGUACGGCGGGAGCUACUCCCACGAUCGGGUGGGUCGAGGGCUAGAGGUCAGGCGGCAUUCGGCAGGUGGCAGGUGGCAGGUGGCAGAUGGCAGGAGUUGACAAGGUCACCCUUCAGUAUGUUUGCAUUCGGCUGUCGGAGCCGAUUGAUGGAUUGGAUUGUCAGUGGCCAUAACUAACCAAUUAGCGAUUCGCCAUUCGUAGCAGGCAAAGCCAGGCACCUCCUGGCUGGAAAGGGGGAUGGAGGCUCCUGAAGUUGCUGGCCUCCAAGGUGAAACGCAAUCCAAAAUAGGCGAGCUGAGUCAAGUCAAAUUAAGCCGAAGACUUGGACCCAAUUGGAUCAGGUGCAAGCGACACGGACAGUGACUGCCGGCUAAGCGAAACAAACGGAGGCCACGUAGUCGAGGUGCCUUCGCCAGGUGAGCUGUGGAGCCAGUAGGAGAAGAUAGUUGCGUCCCUAGCAGGACUGUGGCAGGACGAGUGGAACCCUGAGGAGAUGUCAUUGGUUUGGACAUGGACGUAAGCGAAAGGUGUAGACGCAGACAGAGACGGAGACAGAACUUCAGCGAAUAUGCCAAGGUACGUCAAAAGAAAUGAAUUACCCGAACUGGAGCCUAACGGGGAUGAGGGAUGGGGCCUGUGGAAGAGUGCUCCAGGAGGAGGCAGAGGCCCAGACCCCAAGUCGCACUUUACUGCAAAUGCAAAAACUUUAGACAGGGAAUCAAUUGUUGUUGCCUUGUUUUAUUUCGCCCCAAGACACGCAACAACAAUGGAGCAAUCCAGCCAUGGGAGGCUAAGAUGGAGGGCACUGCGAGAAAAUCUAGAUCUCCCGGUCUAAAGGGAAAGUGCCAUACACUUACUACUAGUAAUCUACCUCUUCUAACACUCAGAUUUCUCUCCGUGUAGCCAGUAACUAGCAACAAAUGGGCAGUCGGCAGUUGGGGGCGUGACAGCAACCGUGAAAAGAACUCGAGGAUGACAGUUAUGGGUUACAAAGGCAAGGAUUGAAUCAAAUAAAUAAACGCGCAAGGUUCUCCUCGUCAUGGCGCGAGGUUCAGUGGGUCGGAUCGGGGGUUGUGCCAGGGAUUUAUAUGGGAUUCGAUUGAACGGGUUGUGUGGGAGGGGAUUCGACGGGGGUAACCUUACCACGUCCACGUCCAUGUCAAGUUUGCAUGCGGCUGCAGGUAAUUCCUCAUUUCACCCGCUUUACAUAAUCACAACAAAUGAACGAGGAAAGCGACGGAUGGCGAAUCUAUUAGCAUAAGGGCGCAUAAAACGGCGCCGCCGGAGUCGGACUGGGCGGAUUCGGAUACGGAUUCGGAAUCCUCCAGUCAGUUGCAGUGGAGCCGCGAGUCGCGAUGAACGUGUGGAAAGCAAAGGUGCUCACGGAGGUCCCCUUCGGCCAUGUUUUAAUCGUCAGUGGACGCGUCAAGCCGCAUCCCAAUAAAAUUUCCCUCGACCUCACAGACAAUGUGAACGCGCACAAUGAAAGUGAAACCGUGUUCCUCAAGAUCGAGGCCAACUUCCGCGAGGGCCAGAUCAUCCGAAGCAUGUUCCAGCCGGGCGAGGGCUGGCAGCAGGAGGAGAUAUCCAAGAACUGGAAGAGCGACGGGCCCAAGAAUCCUCUGCAGCCGGGCCAGAGCUUCACCUUCCGGGUAGCCGUGCUGCAGCGCUGCUUCGAGAUCUACGUGAACGACCAGUUGUAUGGGUCCUUUGAGUUCGUCAAGUUUCCCAAGCAGAUCAACUAUGUGCGGGCCUACGGGGACUUUGAGAAGAUAACCCAGUUCCACCACCGCAUGCUCUUCCCUCUGGUCUUCCCCCGGACGCUGAUGUGCCCGGAUAAGGUGGCCUUCCAGAGCGACGUACCAAGGCGGUACGAAACUGGCACUGUGGUGGCCAUGGAGUGCAUUGCCAAGGGUCCGCCCACCUCGGAGUUCUCCAUCUGUUUCCAGUGCAACGACACUGGCAGAACCGUGCUCCGGUUCCACGUUAACUUUGACCGGACCACGGUCUCCAGGAGCUAUCAGAGAGAUGACAACAGUUUCGCCCCCGAUGACGAGGAGACCGAGGGCGAGUUUCCGUUCGUGCGGGGCAAGCUCUUCAAGAUAGCCUUCGGACUCGGAGACCGUGCCUUCUUAAUCGCCGUGAACGGGCAGUACUUCACCUACUACAACUUCCCGGGACGACCGUUCUCCAUUUCCACGCUCAAGUGCUUCAGCAACGAUGUGGGCGACUUUGCGGUUCGCAGCCUGGAGUACCACUCGGACUCCCCGCUCUUGGCCCGCGUGGAGAAGCUAUCCAUUAUCUGAGGGGAUUGAUUUUCCGGAUUGUAGUAGAAUGCGCUUUGUUGAAUCGUUGGCUUUGAGAGCACCCUAUAGAGCACCAGUUAACUUCUUCUUGUGAGCAUCCAAAUAAAGAAAAUCAGCUCUUCCCUUCUCCGUGAACUAAA